UGCCGUAUAAGUAGGAUCCUCAGAGGUGAUGCAGAGGCUGGACACUGAAGCAGACUGCUGGACCUGGCACUAAACUAAAGUACAGGUCAGAUGCUAAGAGGAUGGUGGGACUGAGGAACCGCUCCACCUGGGAGCCAUUGCUACUUAAGGCCUCUUGUAUCAAGUCCUGUGCCAACGGCUGCUCCCUCGGCACCAUUGCCCAUCUUACCUAUGCCAAUGUUGAUACUGAUGCUGUGGACGGUAUCUUUGUUUACCCUCUUGGAGAGAAGGAGGUAGUGGUUGGAUUUGAGGCAGUCAUUGCUGGUCGUCUGGUCGGAGUUCAUAUUGAGAGCAGAGGAAAGCUGAAGGAUUGCUGUCUAGACUGCUGCUCAGAGUUUGGUCUGGAGGGCCAUUGUGGCAAUAGCCGAGAAUGGGGAUGUUGUGGCAGGGGUAACUUCGAUAUGCAAUGUACCAAUGGACAUGUUAUUCUGGAUGAAGAUUUGGAAAGAACCACUUUCAUUGUGGGCACAGGAGUCAUUGGUCCCAUGGAUAUAGUGUCUAUAACCUUAAGCACCACACUGGAACUUCCUACACUAGAAAAUGGAGCCAUUCGCAUCAUUUACCCCACAGUGCUCACGCCAAUAGUCACUGGACACAGGGCUAGCAAGAGCGACAAUGGAGGAAAAUCAGAGGAGAUAGGAGCAACCAGCUGUUUUGGUGCCACUUCUGGGAAACAAGACAGGGCCAUACACUCUGAACAACAGUGUGCACACGGCAUCUUCACCAGUCCAGCUGCUAACCUGGCACCUUAUGAACUCAACUUUCAACUGCUUGUCCGAGGAGCGUGCUUAUUGGCAGGAUUGGAGAGCCCAACCCACGCCCUGCGAGCAGACGCUGACCCUAGUGCCCAAAGUGCCUCUGCUACAUACAUCACCUUGGCACAAGAGCAUCCCUAUGACCGUCACAUAGAGAUCAUACUGCACCUCAGUGAGCCUCACAACCCUUUAGUAAUAGUAGAGAGAGGACGACUUUCCUUCAGCCAGUACGAACAACAGAUCUCCUGUCGUCGCGACUUUAAUCGCUGUAUGCGGAAAGACUCAGAUCCUGAGAAAAAGCUUGAGUUUGUGCGAAAACGUUAUCACAAAGACAUCAUGAGCCAUCCUGUUUUGAUGCUUAAUUUUUGUCCUGACCUGCUGAGCGAACCAGCUGAACUUCACAAAACCACCAGAGAAGUUGUGUUUCUUAUUGAUCGUAGCGGCAGCAUGAGUGGCACCAACAUUCAGCGUGUGAAAGAGGCCAUGGUCGUAGCCCUGAAGAGUCUCCCUUCUGGGACCACGCUCAACAUUGUGGGUUUUGGCACCACUGUUAAACCACUGUUCUCCAUGAGUAGACUUUGCACUGAUGUCACUCUUAUGCAAGCUAAUGAGUAUGUACAGAGGAUGAAAGCAGACAUGAGAGGCACCAACCUGCUGGGGGUGCUGUCCUGGUUGUAUCAGCAGCCAAUGCAGCGGUCCUGUCCUCGGCAGAUAUUUAUCAUUACAGAUGGGACAAUCAGCAGUGUGUCCAAAAUACUGGAACUGGUCCGCAGAAACACAUGCUCUGGCAGAUGUUUUGGACUGGGCCUUGGUCCCAGAGCCUGUAGACGGCUCUUGCAGGGUGUGUCCAGAUUGACAGGAGGCCUGACAGAGUACUUGGAUGAUGAGGAGAGACUCCAGCCAAAGUUAAUCAAAUCCUUGAAAAAAGCUUUUGAACCUGUAUUAACUGAUGUUCGAAUUGACUGGUACCUGCCUGAAAAUAUAGAGGCUCUUCUGUCACCCUAUGAAAUUCCUCCUCUCUACCCUGGAAACUGCCUUAUUGGAUACUGCACUCUGUAUGACACAACCAACCUCAAAUCAAAGAAGACCGAGUCUUAUCAGCAGGCUGCUAAAGUUGGGCAUGGUAGCUCUGCAGGUGUAAUAAGCGAUGACCUUUCUCCACCUCCUGCCUCAGAGUUAAUGCCCAUGGUGACCUGUGCAGAAGGUAAUGAUUUAGAGGAGGCUCUCAGGGAAAUUUACAGAGAAAUCUCCUCUGAGUUCUCAUGUGCUAGAGAUGCUGAUCCUGGUGUGAGCUUAGGGGUGGAUGUGGAGUGGUCCAGUGAUGUGCGGCGCAGGAUCGAGGAGAGUUCUUACAUCCAGGAGCAGUAUGUUCUGACACGCUGCUCCCUCAGCAGCGACCACACUCUGCAGACACACUCCCAGUCUCACUUAAACACCUCGUACAACAUGGAGGCUGCCAGCGCUGGUUUGGAGGAGUCCCCCUCUGGUUCUCUACUAGACACUGGAUCUUUGCCCCAAGACCUGGAAAAGAUGCCUUCUCCUGAAAAGAAAUCUUGCCUGUCUCGCUGGGCAGACGCUAUGUGGCAUCAAAACCUUUCAGCAAAAUCAUCUGAAGUUCAGGCAACAAAGGGAAAUCUGGACGUGAACGAGGAUUCUAGAAGAAGACACAAAGUCCUGGCUCGUUCUACUAUGGCGGCUCGCAGUUUCUCCUCUCCACAGGGAGAGAUAGAGAUGCAUCGCCUGAGAAGAGCACUGGAGAGAGUUUCUUUUGACCAAACCUUGGGAGGAAGACUUGAUGAAAGUGAUGCAGACACAAAGCCUCCAUCAGGACCUGACACAUUGUCUCACAGAAGUCUCAAUGAUUCCAAUGGACUCCUGUUCCCUGCAUCUCCUCUGGACUGGGACAGCUUUGUAGAUCCAGAAAAUCUCUUCUGUGCUGUGCCACUGGAGGACCCCCCUCCAGGUCAGUGCCGGUCCAUCAUACAUGGGCUGUUCAGUGGGCGCCCAGUGUCCUGGGAGGUCACUGUAGACCUGAGACACCUGUGGUCAUCAGAAGCUCCGAGCACAGCAGUGAUGGACGGAGCUGAACAAAGACUUGAUGAAGGUCAGGGUGAAAUAUGGAAGGAGAUUGUCCAUCAGCUGACUGCACGUUCAGUCAUCAGAGACUUUGAAAAAAUGGCAGAGAAGGAGGGCGACACUGGACACAAUUCACUAAAACGCUACCGUACGAAGGCCAUUCAGACCAGUAAGCACUGCAACAUAGUCUGCAUGUACACAAUCUUUGCAAUAACAGACAGCAGCCAAAGCAAAGCAGAAUGUUUGGAUGUCCAGCACACUGGAAUGUAUUUGGGUAACAGGCAAAACUCCCUGUCUGGCAGUCGAAAACAGAAAACGUAUUCUGUGGGAUUAGGGAGACGCCGAACAAGCAGGGACAGUGAAGACCUGGAGGAUGCCUUUAAUUCCACAGACAAAGAUGAAACUCCUGCCUCGCCCUGUAGCCUUAAAUCCUGGGAUUCUAGUGUAAGUACUUCCUUCACUGCAGCAAACCCAACAAUUCCAGGCAGCUCAUUUUCCCGUUCACAAAGAUCUAUCGAAAGCAAGUCAAUGGAGAGCUUCUUUGGCACUAAAUUUCCACUUGGCAGACUCAGGUCAUCCAUUUCAUCAGGGAAACAGGUUCCUCUUAAGUCUCACUGUCUCUCUGCCGAGCCUGAGAAACAGCUUGACCCUGAAACUCCAGACUAUCUGCCCUUGGUGCGUCUGCAGCUGGCAUCAGGAGCUUUUCUUCUGACAGAGAUCUACUCAGACUGUGUCCAGAUCCCUCUGGAUCGCUUGAAGAGGGCAUCCCCGUACAGCCUGCACCGACGCAGCUUGAGCCCACCUUUCCGCUGCACAUCUCCCAGUGCUCCAUCUUUAUCUACUGCUGCCAAAUCAUCAGCUGUUCCUGUUCAACAUGUAACUUUCUCUCCCUCCACUUGUUCUCUCAUUAAACCUGUGGCUCCUCCCUUCCAUCACACUCCAGAUGACACACCAUUAAUACUGGAGCCGAGGGUGCGGCGAAGACACCCAUCUGACAGAGAGCCCAUCAGCACUCCCCCUGACCUGCCCAGUUCAGAGGAGGGGUCUCUGGAGCUGUCGGGGCAAGGCCAUGGCCAGGCCGACAGUGGGCGUGGCUCAGAGACUGAUGUAUGUGAAAGCCUCUCUAUGGAUUCGGUCCAGGGCAAUAGCCUGCUGGCUCAAGAGGACUUGGAGGGGUCCACAUGGGCUACUGCGGUAGCUUUAGCCUGGCUAGAGCACCGCUGUGCAGGGUACUUCAUGGAGUGGGAGUUGGUGGCGGCGAAAGCCGACUUUUGGCUGCGCUGUCAGGAGCUCCCUGAGGGAGUGGAUUUGGCUGGACUGAGGGGGGCAGCCAGACAGCUGUUUCUUCUACUACGUCACUGGGAUGAAAACAUCAAACUCAACAUGUUGUGCUAUAAUCCUAAUAAUGUGUGAGGCAACCUUCUAUGAAACUAUUUCUACUGCCUACGAUUAGCUUUUCAGUGCCAAAUAGGUUUGUAGUUUUAAGAGUAUCCUUUGGCUUUUCCAAGUUGCCUUUUAUU